AGGCCAACUCCAAUGGGCGGUGCCGCGGCGACCUGAAGUUCCCGGCUGCCCGUGCGGCGGCGGUGGUUGGGUGGUAAGAUGGCGGCUGUGAGUCUGCGGCUCGGCGACUUGGUGUGGGGGAAACUGGGCCGGUAUCCUCCCUGGCCGGGAAAGAUUGUUAAUCCACCCAAGGACUUAAAGAAACCACGCGGAAAGAAAUGCUUCUUCGUGAAGUUUUUUGGAACAGAAGAUCACGCAUGGAUCAAAGUGGAGCAGCUGAAGCCUUACCAUGCUCACAAGGAGGAGAUGAUCAAGAUCAACAAGGGCAAGCGGUUCCAGCAAGCUGUGGACGCUGUCGAGGAGUUCCUCAGGAGAGCCAAGGGCAAAGACCAGACAUCAUCUCACACUUCUGCUGAUGACAAGAAUCGGCGUAAUUCCAGUGAGGAGAGAAGUAGGCCAAACUCAGGUGAUGAGAAACGCAAGCUUAGCCUGUCUGAAGGGAAGGUGAAGAAGAACAUGGGAGAAGGAAAGAAGAGGGUGACUUCAGGCUCUGCAGACAGAGGCUCCAAAUGCCUUAAAAGAGCCCAAGAGCAAAGUCCCCGAAAGCGGGGUCGGCCCCCAAAGGAUGAGAAGGACCUCACCAUCCCUGAGUCUAGCACUGUAAAGGGGAUGAUGGCUGGACCAAUGGCUGCAUUUAAAUGGCAGCCAACCGCGAGCGAGCCAGUCAAAGAUGCAGAUCCUCAUUUCCAUCAUUUUCUGUUGAGCCAAACGGAGAAGCCAGCUGUCUGUUACCAGGCAAUCACAAAGAAGUUGAAAAUAUGUGAAGAGGAGACUGGCUCCACCUCCAUCCAGGCAGCAGACAGCACAGCUGUGAAUGGCAGCAUUACCCCCACAGACAAAAAGAUAGGAUUUUUGGGCCUUGGCUUAAUGGGAAGUGGCAUCGUCUCCAACUUGCUAAAAAUGGGUCACACAGUGACUGUCUGGAACCGGACUGCAGAGAAAUGUGAUUUGUUCAUCCAGGAGGGGGCCCGUCUAGGAAGAACCCCCGCUGAAGUCGUUUCCACUUGUGACAUCACUUUUGCCUGUGUGUCGGAUCCAAAGGCAGCCAAGGACCUGGUGCUGGGCCCCAGCGGUGUGCUGCAAGGAAUCCGCCCCGGGAAGUGCUAUGUGGACAUGUCAACGGUGGAUGCGGAUACAGUCACCGAGCUGGCCCAGGUGAUUGUAUCCAGAGGGGGGCGCUUUCUGGAAGCCCCAGUCUCAGGGAAUCAGCAACUGUCCAAUGAUGGGAUGUUGGUGAUCUUAGCAGCCGGAGACAGGGGCUUGUAUGAGGACUGCAGCAGCUGCUUCCAGGCAAUGGGGAAGACCUCCUUCUUUUUAGGUGAAGUUGGCAAUGCAGCCAAGAUGAUGCUGAUUGUGAACAUGGUCCAAGGGAGCUUCAUGGCCACCAUUGCUGAGGGGCUAACGCUGGCCCAAGUGACAGGCCAGUCACAGCAGACACUCUUGGACAUCCUCAAUCAGGGACAAUUGGCCAGCAUCUUUCUGGACCAGAAGUGCCAAAAUAUCCUACAAGGAAACUUUAAACCUGACUUCUACCUGAAAUACAUUCAGAAGGAUCUCCGCCUGGCCAUUGCCCUGGGCGAUGCAGUCAACCACCCCACUCCCAUGGCAGCUGCAGCCAAUGAGGUAUACAAAAGAGCCAAGGCACUGGACCAGUCUGACAAUGACAUGUCUGCCGUGUACCGAGCCUACAUACACUAAGCCUUGCCUGCCCAUCUACCCUCCCAUCUUCCCUCUGACCUCCCUUCCCAGUGUGGGGUCAGGGUUCUGGGACUUAGCUCUGGACCAGUCACCUGUCUCCAUUUCCUUUUAUACAGACUUUGAGACUUGCAUCAGCACAGUACACAGCAGCACUCUUCCUCCCUCCCUGAGGUUCUGGCCAGGGAUGAGAGGAUCUAUCUCCACAGGUGGCUGUGAAGAAGCUCUUGAGCUGGGCACUGAUUGGCCCUGGAACAGGAGGCUGUGUAUUCUCUCUCUGUUUCUCUUGUGGUCUCUGUCUCUGUCACACACACACACACACACACACAGACACACACACACACACCCAGGAUAGAAGCUGCCUAGAAACUGCUGCCUGGCUGUUCUUGCAAGCUUGUCUUAUCUCGGCCCCCUUCUAGUCAAGAGACUAGAGGGACUAGAAUUGGCAGGGAGCACAGGAAGCCUUCUCUCAAGUUUCCCAGGACAGACCAGCAGAGGGCCCCUGGCCCCCAUUGGACCCCUGAAAGGAGAGGCCCCUCAGCCAUCAUGAACCAGCAGAUUCCCUGAGGAGGCUCUGUGGACCUCCAGCUGAGGACGAUUUCUUGUAGACACUACCAUUAUGCAGCAGCUCCCAGAAUGCCUCUGAACUGAAGAAAGACCGGCAUGACCACAUAGACACCUUCAGGGGGAGCAGAGUCCACAGGCUUCAGCUCCCUGGCUGGCUGUUGUCUCUGUGACCGGAGCCUGUUCCGCAGGUUUUAUUUGGAUUUGCAUUCCAGCCCAUGGGAAGGGGUCUUAAGCAGUGGAGUAUGGGGGUAGCUCCUUCCUGUUUCCGUUAUGGCAGUCUAUUGAGCUGGGCUACCUGUUAAGCCUGCUCUACACAGGUCCCCUGCAUGCCCCUCCUCCCCUUUUCCUUCCAUGGAGAUAAUAUUUCUGUCCCAUCCGCUUUUGAUGAGGAACCUCACUUCUGCCAGUAUCAGUGGUUCCAAGUCCUGGGUUUGUUGGGACAGUCUUGAACUGGGGCCUUGUUCUAACCUAACUACUACUCAGAGGUGGAUCCAGUGCUCUGCCAGGCCCUAGCGUUUCUCCUUGAAGAGGGGACCAGAGAGGCUUAGAAUGUCACAUGAGAGGAAUCACCUGAGGAAGCCUUCCUCCUCAUGAGUUUGGAUUUCCAAAGCCACGAUUCGACUUCUCCACCUGGGAUGAGGAUCUCAGGACAUGGGCAUGGAGCAGGGAAUGCUUGUGGAGUUCAGCACAAUUGCUCAUUCACUGGGAUGCUGAACAGCUUCUGUCUGGACACGGCCUGGCUUGGUCCUGGGGGUUGGGGGUGGGGAAGAUGCUGUAAGGAAACCGGUUAGUCAAUGUUGUCUUAAUAUUGUUGACAAUUCUGUAAAGUUCCUUUUUAUGACUAUUUCUGUUUAAGCUAUUUCACCUUUCAUUUUGAAAUCCUUUCCUUUUAUGGAGAAAAUGUGACAUUGUGAAAAUGCUUGUAAGAAAGCCCCUACUCCCUCUUUUCCUUUAAAUGACAAAUCUAGGUGAUUAAGGUUGUGAAUUUUUAUUUUCACUUUGUUUUUAAUGAACAUUUGUCUUUCAGAAUAGGAUUGUGUGAUAAUGUUUAAAUGGCAAAAACAAAACAUGAUUUUGUGCAAUUAACAAAGCUACUGCAAGAAAAAAAAUAAAUAAAACAUUUCUUGGUACCAUA